AUGACCACGAGAGUGCCCCACCACCGGGUCUUGGUGCUGGGGGCAGGGAUAGCAGGGAUAUCUUCUGCCCACUACCUCAAAGCAAACGGAAUUGUAGACGUCGUAGUGUUGGAAGCUAGUAGGAGAAUUGGCGGAAGGAUACAUUCAACGGAAUUUGGUAAAAAGGCUUCCGGUGACAAUGCCAUCGUGGAGUUGGGUGCUAAUUGGAUCCAUGGUAGAGCUCACAACCCUGUAUACAAACUAGCUCUGGAUAAAGGUCUCCUGGAACCGCUUGUUCAUCUCGACAGGAUGGAAGGUCAUUUUUACACAGAAGACGGUAGACGAAUGGACAAAAAUCUCGGCGAUAAGCUCUGGAAACAAUUCUUGAAGUUAGAAGAAGAAACUGGCAUUUAUUUCGAUCGAAACAUCCAGACAAGCUCUAGCGUAGGCGAUUUUUUCAGAGAACGACUAGAAGCCGAAAUCGACAAAUAUCCCUUGGAGGAUAGAGGAGAACUUCAGCUUAUGGCCAACACCAUGUUAAAUUACCUGGGUUUUCAUACUGGGGACAACCUGAGUCUAAUGUCGCUACAGUAUGACGGAGCUUAUGAAGAAAUACCUGGUGGGGAUGUUAAAAUACCGAAAGGAUUCUUAGAGGUAGUAAAAACCUUGACAAAUGAUUUUGAAACAGAUACAAUCAAACUAGGAACAUUGGUGACGAAUAUAGAUUGGGACCAAUCAAAACAUGGACCCAGUCUUAUUAAAGUUUCAUGUAAGUUGAUUGGUGGAGAGAACAAAUUUUACACAUGUGAUCAUUUAAUAGUCACGUGUUCUCUUGGCGUGCUGAAGAAAGCAGUUGAAGAGAAAUCUUUCUUCAGACCACAGCUUCCGGCAGGUAAAUGUGAAUCCAUUAGAAAAAUGGGAUUUGGAAGAGUCAACAAAGUUUUCCUCUACUACGAAAAUCCAUUUUGGAAACCGGGAUCAGCUAGUAUUAAACUAGCUUGGUCCGGUAAAUAUGCUGAUGUCGACGAGAAGUCGGAGUGGUACAAACGGAUUUUCAGUUUUGACGAAGUACUGGAUAACCCGACAGUUCUGGUUGCUUGGAUCAGUAGCAGCGCUGCACUUCACAUGGAACAACUACAGGAUGCGGAAGUCAGUAAAACGUGUACAGAUGUCUUGCGUCAAUUUCUGAAAAACCCGGACGUUCCCGAACCCACCAGUAUAUUGAGGAGUUCUUGGUGCUGCGAUCCCCUCACCCUCGGGUCCUACUCUUAUAUUAACAUGGAGUCCACUCCCGCCGAUAUCACUACGCUAUCGGAACCACUGUACAAUGACGACGAGAAACCAAUCGUUUUGUUCGCAGGAGAAGCUACACAUUCACGGUGGUAUUCUACAACACAUGGAGCAUUCGAUUCCGGAAAGAGAGAAGCUGAACGCCUUGUAGAAUAUAUAACUAACCAUGCAAUCAAAAUUUGAA